CAGCCUUCCUUUUCCAGAAUAGAAGCGGAGACUCUGAGUCUACGUAUCCUGGCUCACCGCUGUUCGCCCCUUACUUAUACGAAUAAGUCGGCCAGGAAUACACACUAUGGCAUUCAAAGAAACCGGCAAAGCUCCCGUUGAGCCCGAGGUGGCCAUUCACCGCAUCCGGAUCACCCUCACGAGCCGCAAUGUCAAGUCUCUCGAGAAGGUGUGUGCUGAUCUGAUCCGGGGGGCUAAGGAAAAGAGCCUUAAGGUGAAGGGGCCAGUGCGCAUGCCUACUAAGACUCUGCGCAUUACCACCCGUAAGACUCCUUGUGGAGAGGGUUCCAAGACCUGGGACAGAUUCCAGAUGAGGAUCCACAAGCGCCUCAUUGACCUUCACAGCCCAUCGGAGAUCGUCAAGCAGAUCACCAGCAUCAGCAUUGAGCCUGGGGUCGAGGUUGAAGUUACCAUCGCUGAUGCAUAAAUGGCUUUGGAUGGCCAAAUCGAGCUACUCUCAACUCCAUAAAAAUAAAGAAAUGAUAAAAUGGGUGUUCUGUUUUAAUUUUUUUCUGUUUUAAUAAAAUAUCUUGGACUCCAAGUGAGCAAAGCAA